GUGGAUUCUGUUCAGUGUUCCGUCCUCUCACGUUAUCAGCCGUCUGCCGCCGUUGCAAUGCUCUUGAACCUCCGGCGAGCCACCGUACUCCGCUGCGUCCCAGUUCCAACUCUCUCUCCUCAUCUUCUCCGCUCAACCCUCUCUCUCUCCUCAAACCCAAUUCAACACACUCCCAUCGAACCCCUCACCAAACCCCAGCUCAAAACCCUAGUCCUCUCUCACUACCGCCACGGCAAGUUCUCCAACCUCCUCCAAAACGUCGUCGCUUCUCCGUCCGUCCUCCUCACCGCUUGCCACAACCUCAAACCCCUCCAAACCCACAACGCCACUCAACCCAACUCGCCCGAGUCACCCAUUCUCAACUGGGUCCAAGAAACGGCGACCCAACUCGGAAACAACCGGUUCGACGUCGAGUCGUGCUGCGUGGCGGUCGGGCCAAUGGGUAAGAGAGGUGAGUCGCUUGUUCUUCCCAAUUUGAAGCUCAAAGUUUUGAUUGAAGCUAUUAGGAUUGUGUUAGAAGUUGUUUAUGAUGAUAGGUUCGCUACGUUUGCUUAUGGUGGGAGAGUGGGUAUGGGACGACACACCGCAAUUCGAUACCUCAAGAACUACGUAGAAAACCCUAGUUGGUGGUUUACGGUGUCGUUUGAUCGACAAAAGUUUGAUUUUGAUCAUGUUGAGAAGUUAUGUUCUAUUAUGGAAGAGAAAAUUGGAGAUGAGAUGUUGAUUGGUGUGAUCAAGAGGUUGUUUAAAUUGGGAGUGGUGAGGAUUGAAUUGGGUGGAUGUUAUUUAGGGAGGGGGUUUCCUCAAGAAAGCGCAUUGAGUUCAAUUUUGAUUAAUGUCUAUUUUGAUGGGCUUGAUAGGGAAAUUCAAGAGUUACGUCUACGAACAAACCGGGAGAAUCCCAAGUUCGAGUCAGAUGAGCUAGAAACAAUGUCUAGUAAUGUUUUCUAUAAGCCAUUGAAGAUUCAUGUGGUUAGGUACUUGGAUGAGAUACUAUUGGUCACUUCAGGGACAAAGAUGUUGACUAUGGAUUUGAAGAAGAGGGUUGUAGAUUUUUUGGAAAAUACUUUGGAAUUGAGGGUAGAUAGAGUGAAAACAGCGAUUCAUAGUGCAAUUACAGAAAAGAUUGAUUUUUUGGGAAUGGAACUUCAGGCCGUUCCUCCUUCAGUUCUGCGUCUGCCUAUGUCUGAGAAAGCGAUUAGGGCACGGGAGAAGUACCUCAGACAGAAAGAAGUUAGGUCUUUAGAAUUGAGGAAUGCUAGAGAGACUAACAGGAAGAAACUUGGGUUGAAACUUAUGGGUCAUGUUUUUAAGAAGUUGAAACAGAGUAAUGGAUUCAAAUUUGAUUUCCAUAUUGAGAACGAAGUGAGACAAAUUUUUAGAACAUGGGCUGAUGAAACAGUGCGCGAGUUUUUGGGUUCUUUGGAUGAGCGAUGGAGCUGGCAUAGGGAGCUAUCUGCUGGUGAUUUUCUCUCUUUAAGAAGAAUACGAGAUCAAUUGCCUGAAGAGCUUGUGGAAUCAUAUGAUAAGUUUCAAGAGCAAGUUGACAAAUAUUUGAAGCCGGAGAAAGCUAGAAAGGCAUUAGAGGAAGAAGAGAGGAGGAUAGAAGAGGAAGAGGAACGGAGAUAUGCUGAAAGAACAGUUGAAGAUUUGGCGAAACUGUGUCUAAAAGUCUCUGCUCCCAUAGAACUCGUAAGGAAGGCAGUUAAAAUGGCUGGAUUUACAAAUCAUAUGGGCCGUCCUAGGCCCAUUGGCCUACUCAUGGCUCUUGAAGAUAGUGAUAUCAUAAGAUGGUAUGCGGGUGUAGGGAGAAGAUGGCUUGAUUUCUUUUGCUGUUGCCACAACUUUAAAAUGGUGAAAACUUGUGUAACUUAUCACCUAAGGUUCUCUUGUAUCUUGACAUUAGCAGAAAAGCAUGAAGCGACAAAGCAUGAGGCAAUCAGACACUAUACUAAGGAUUUGCAAGUUCCUGAUGUUAAUGGAGUUGAAGAAGUGCAUUUUCCUACAGAAAGGGAGAUCAAGAUGAUGGGAGAUAAUAAUCUUGUGGAUCCAAAACCAGUGGAUGGGUCUAUAACAAUGGCUCUGAUCAGAUUGGCUUCUGAUGAGCCUUCAUACAAAUGUGUUGCUCAUUUCUGCCACAGAACAGACACUAUUGUGUACCGAAUUCGGUUACUGCAGAAAGAUUUGAAUAUAAACCCAUCAGAUGAAAAGAAGUGGGUUUAUGGGAUGGGCACGAUUCAUGAAUGUCUGAAUCGGAAGUGUCUCCCUCUAUGUUGUGAUCACAUAAACGCAUUGCAUAUGGGAAAAAUUACUCUCCAAGAUAUCGAUUGUACUUCAUUUGUUGACUUGGACUGAAUGGUGUUUGAUUCCUCCGCUCCAUAUACAGUAUCAUGGAUUUUGAUUGCUCAAAAGGCUGUUUGCUGCAUCAAGCUGCACUCGAGAGAUUGUUGUAACUUCUUUGCUCAACUGUAAUGGAUUGUUGAGUUGAGUAGUACAGACUACCAAUAGCCUUCAAAAAUUACGUAGCAAUUUGGGCUUGCCCUUGUCACUAGAAGAAUGCUUCACAAAUGCUUGGGCUUCUUUAGGUUGACGAUCCUUUGUAUGUUACCAUUACAGACAACAUUGAGAUAUACAUAUGGGAAUGUUGAUUAGCCUUAUUUCUUUAACCAAAGUCAUUUUUUGAGCUUUUGGUAUUAGCUAGUAGCUUGAUCAUCGUGGAAGGGGAGUCAUAGGUAGGAUUUUGUCUCUAGUUCUCCUGCGAUUGGCUUUUUGUAACUUGUGGAUACACAUGUUAUUUUCAUGUAUUCAGAUGUGUUUUCCUUGUUGCAAGAUUUUCUGCGAAAGGCAGCUUCCGUGCAUUAUGGGCCUUUAUUUACUAUUCACCACCUUCUUCCAUAUUGUUGUGGUUGUGAUACUUACCAGAUCAACUGAUUGAUGUGGAGAGUUGUUGAGCUAUUCAGAGAAA